AUGACAAUCAGCGGAGUGAAUCGUCUGGUAUCCAUACCGGAACGGGUCAAGCUCGACACGGUCGACGACCUAACCGACGCCCUCGCUCUUUUCAAGAGUGGCGACUCGAGGACUGGCCUACGUAGGAGCUACCACAUCUUCAAGGGCGACCACGCCCAGGCCUACCGCCAAGUGUGCACAUCACCACUGGAUCGCGACGUCUUGGCAGUGCGCUUACAACGACCGGACGGCCUCGCCAAUGCCAACUCCGACCACACCGCCUACUUCGAGCAUGCCUGUAUGGCGUUCGGCCACCGUGCCUCAAUGCUACAAUACUCUAGGCUCACCCGCGCCAUCGUGGGCAUCCUGAGAGAGGCCUUCAACAUAGUAGCCUUCGUCUACGUCGACGACUUCUUCAUACUCGCACCGUCCGACGAAGCGGAUCUCUGCUUCGACAUCUUCGAAAAGAUUAACCAGCUGAUAGGACUAGCAACGAAGCAGUCCAAGUUCCUACACCCGACCGACACGUGCAAGCUGUUGGGUUUGGUGGUCACAAUCUCGGAAACCCAUGUCACGCUAGACUUGGACGAGGCACGGUCUGCAAAACUGGCAGCCACCAUCACAGACGUUCUGAACCGGAGGAGACUCACCCCGGCGGAGAGUUCAAAACUCGCCGGCAAGUUGAGUUUUGCCUCAACGGUAUUCUACGGCUGGAACGGCAGGGCCUACCUCAGAGCCCUAUACGCCAGGAGUCUACUGUCGGCAGGCACCGAGCGUAGGUCCCCUCACAGAUUCGACGACGAUAGCCACAUCGCCACGGCGCUGAGGUGGUUCCUGUGGGCCCUGCACAACUGCCCCAAACGCUGCGUGUCCCUCCACUCCACUACACCACACGUGAUCAUCUACACGGACGCCGAAUAUUCUCUUAUCCCCUCUCAGACUGGCUUCCGUAAACAUUCCUGUAUCGGCAGUGUAUUGGCUAUACCAGGACAUAGCCGAGUCUUCUACUCCGCGUGGAAGCCCCCGCCUGACAUCUACGAUGCCUUCGACAUCAGGGGCACGGACAUACAUCCCCUCGAGACCAUGGCGCCGAAGAACGGCUCGAUCAACAUCACUCUCUACAUCGACUCCACUGUGGCGGAGGGGGUUGUCCGCAAAGGCUAUAGCUCGUGCAGCGACUUGAACGCCCUCGCCCAGCAUACGUGGAAAAUCGCCGCUACAAGUCAUAUCGGCCUCUGGACUACCAGGGUCCCAUCAGCAUCUAACCCGGCCGAUUUGCCGAGCAGAGGGAAAAUAGACGAGAUGAGGGAGCUUGGAUGGAUCAAAAGCGGCCUCUUGUCCCAACCGCCAUGGCAAACCUGGCUGGAAGACAGGGACCGCUGA